AUGAGCAAUGAAAUCGCUCAGACUGCCGGGGUUGGCUUAUGCCUUGGCAUUUUGCCUCGUAGUCACCACUGUGGCAGCCACCGACCCAACUUACAAGUAUGCAUCCCCUCCACCACCAAUGCACCCAUACCACCCACCAAGCCCUACAAGUCACCACCAGGUCUUAAGCAUUCCCCUCCACCACCUUAUCAAUACAAGUCACCACCUCCUCCCAUAAAAUAUCCACCUCCACAAUAUCACCACAAGUCCCCACCUCCUCCAUACGCAUACAAGCCACUACCACCAAAACACACAUCUCCUCCACCACCUCCAUAUGUAUACAAAUCUCCGCCACCACCUGUUCACUCACCACUUCCUCCUUAUGUAUACAAAUCCCCACCGCCACCUCCUUAUACAUACAAGUCCCAGCCACCACCCCCUUAUCUAUACAAGUCCCCACCUCCUCCUCCUUAUGUCUAUGAGUCCCCACCACCACCAGUACAUUCACCACCUCCUCCUUAUCUAUACAAGUCCCCCCCACCACCUCCUUACCUAUACAAGUCCCCUCCACCACCAGUCCACUCUCCUCCUCCUCCUUAUGUCUACAAGUCCCCACCACCUCCAAAACACACACCGCCACCUCCUUAUGUAUACAAGUCCCCACCCCCACCACCACCAGUCCAUUCUCUCCUCCCUCCUCCUUCUUAUGUUUACACAUCCCCACCACCUCCAAAACACUCACCCCCACCUCUUAUGUAUACAAGUCCCCAACCACCAACACAUUCACCACUCCUCUUACUUUACAAGUCCCAUCCACCACCAGUCCACUCUCCUCUUCCUCCUUAUGUCUACAAGUCCCCACCACCUCCUUAUGUAUACAAGUCUCCACCACCACCAGUACAUUCACCACCUCCUCCUUACAUAUACAAGUCUCCUUCACCACCUGUCCAUUCACCACCUUCUCCUUAUGUUUACAGAACUCCACCUCCACCAUCACAUCCUAAGCCUCAUCCCUCUCAUCCCCCUCAUCCUAAACCCCAUCCCCCGCAUCCUAAGACUCCUUCAGCGCCACACUCAAAGUAUCUUUACAAGUCACCACCACCUCCAAAGGCUUAUUAA